CAGACAGUCGAUCGCGCACGCCAAGGGUGCGGGUCGUUCUGGGGGUUGGUGGUCGGUUCGGGUUUGGCCAGUCGGAUUCGGCGGUUGGUGGAAGUACGGGUAGUUUGGUAGUUCGCGCUGCCUUCGCGGCAGGUUCGGUAUUCCUCGGUCGCGACGCGAGAAAGAGAGAGAGAGAGCGGCGCUCCUGAAACUCCCGCGAUUCUCUCAGCGCGUCGCUCGGCGAUCGAAGGGACGCGUCGUGCAGGAUGUGCAGGAGGAUCUGAGAGCGGCGAGCGUAUCCGCGAAUUGACAAACGGUCUCUCUCUCUCUCUCUCUUUCUCUCUCCCGAACGGAGCGGAAGCGUUCCCGAGCGGCGACGCGUCGGUUCGCGCGUCCCAUCGCGCCGUCGGGAAACUCGCGGAUGAUGCGAGGCGGCGCGUCGGAUGGAUCGAAACACGUCGUGCCGCUGGUGCGUGUGCCGCCGGAAGAGGAACGGUAGAGUCGAAUUCGCCGGCUCGCCGGAGGAAGUCGUCGUCUGUGACUCCCCGACACCGGAGUGAACCGUCCGGGAUGGACUGUGUGAUACGGGGUGCGAGAAGACGAGGCUAGAGAGAGAGAGAGAGAGAGAGGGAGACAACGAGGAGUUGGAUUCGUUACGGCACGCUCGGCGUCACGGUGCGUUUUCCCACGCUCGCACCUCGAUUGUGCUCGAUGUUUCCGCUCGAUGAUUAGGCUAAACGGAUGAUUACCAGGCUCGCGUGUUGCGAGCGAGAGAGAGAAAGAGAGAGAGAGAGAGAGAGCGAGAGAGACGAGGAAACGACGACUAGAGAACCGAUGAUCCUCCUGCUCCUUGGCCGGACGAGUCGGGGCGCACGCCGAGGACGCUGAGGACUCCGCGGGGACUCAGCAGCGCGGGGUGCCAUCGUACCCCGUACGGUGCCGAUGAUUCCGUCAGGACUAAUCGCUGCCGGCGACUCGUCGAUCGUCACCAGAGCGUCGUGUGCGCGCGGCCACCGCCUUACGACGACCACCGGGUGGGCAACGCAUGCACCUGAUGAUGGAAGUGAGAGCCCGCACGGAGCCGAUCAGCAGCAGAGCGACAGCAACGAGCCGCUACUACUUUGAACUCGGGACGCACGGAGGGAGCGGAGGUGGCGGCAAGCCGUACCGGAAGCGGGAGCGGGUGGACGACGGCGGUAUAAGGGUGGCGGUUGCGGUGGUGGCGGCGGCGACGACGGCGGCGGCGGUGCGGAAAAGGGCGCAGGGGAGCGAGGGCGGGCGCAAAAAAGCGGCGACGACGGCGGCGAGCGAGGGAAGAAAGCGGAAGUCGAAAGAAGCGGAGGAAGCGGGUCGUCCAUCGGCGGGAGGGCCCCACAGAUGCGGGGCCCGGAGGGGCCAGUCCGCGGCGGCGUGACGCGAUGCGGACGUCCUCCUCCUCCUUGCCGAGGAAGAGGAAAGACCUCUCGCCUCUCGACACCGUCCUCCUCGCCGGUCGGCAGCCGUCGUCAGCUAGAUAUGUCUAUCGACCACGCCGACUCGGGGAUCGGCGGAAAGGGGGACGCGUCGGACAGAGUGCGCAGGGGGAGAGCGGGAACCUCGGUGCAAAGGCCGAAGGUAGGGUAUCGUCGCGCGACGCCAGGAGUCUGCUCCUCCUGUUGGCGCUCCUCUGCGCUCAGUGCUGCCUGGCGGCCACCGAGGCCCUCGCCGGCACACAGAAGUACUGCACCCGAACGGUCAAGACGCGGUACGGCGUCCUCCGCGGCGUCGAGGCCCGAUCGUCGACGGCCGUCGAGACUUACUACGGCGUGCCGUACGCGACACCGCCACUCGGCGCGUUGCGCUACAUGCCGCCGGUCACCCCGACGCCCUGGCGCGGCACGAAAUUCGCCGACACGAUGCCGCCGGCCUGCCCGCAACGGCCGCCGAAACCGGAGGCGAGUCUGCCGCGGCGGAGGCGCGCCUACCUCGAGAGACUGGCGCCUGUAUUGGCCAACCAAAGCGAAGACUGCCUGUAUCUGAACCUCUACGUGCCGAAACCUCCUCACGGUAGUAUCGCGGACUCGCUGCCGGCUCUCCUCCUCAUCCACGGCGAUUCCUAUUCGUGGGGCGCUGGGAAUUCGUUCGACGGGACCGCCUUGGCCGCUCACGGACGCCUCAUCGUCGUCUCCAUCAAUUUUCGUCUGGGGGUGCUCGGCUUUCUGAAAACCGGGUCGAAGGGGAGCGCGCAGGGCAAUUACGGAUUGAUGGAUUUGGUGGCGGGACUUCAUUGGCUGCGCGAGAAUCUCGGGGCUUUCGGCGGCGAUCCUGAGCGACUGGCGUUGCUGGGCCACGGCACCGGGGCGGCUCUCGCCAAUUUUUUAGCGGUCUCCCCAAUGGCGAAAGAGCUGAUCGGGAGGGUGAUCCUGCUUGGGGGUUCAGCCCUUUCGCCAUGGGCGGUCCAGCGAGAUCCGCUGACGGUGAAGCGCCGGGUCGCCGAUCAGACCGGAUGUCCGAGCGACGUCGAGGCCGACGACAUCGCACCGUGCCUUCGUUUGAGGAACCUGGACGAGCUGCUGGCGGUUAAGCUGGAUCCGCCGAGAUUCACUUCCGGAUUCGCGCCCUUCAUCGACGGAGCUGUUCUGCCACCGACGGUCAAUCAGAACUUCCAGCCCACUGCCUCUUCGUCGGGACUAAUGCCGAUCGUACCCGGACCCGGCGCCGAGUUCGCGGACUUCGGCGAUCGCGACUUACUCUUCGGCCUUACGUCCGAGGAAGCCUGGGUGAACCUCUCCGAGGAUGAUCUACAGAACGGCUUGAACGAGACGAGGAGAGACCGUAUAUUGCGCACUUACGUCCGGAACACCUACCGAUACCAUCUGCAUGAAAUCUAUUCGACACUUCGGAACGAGUACACCGACUGGGAACGGGGCGAGCAGAGCCUCGUGGCGAUCUGCGAGGGUCUCUUAUCUCUCCUCGGAGACGGCCAAGUCGCCGCGCCGCUCCUCCGACUGGCCCUGCUGCACUCCGCCUCCGCGGGACGGGGCUAUUUCCUGCACUUCCAGCCGGACGAUCGACCGAGUCAGAGGGGCGAGGAAGUGCCGUAUCUCUUGGGCAUACCUCUUCUUCGUGGCGAAGUCACGUCGUCGUCGGCGACGUCCGCCUUUGGCAACUACACGACCGCCGACGAGAACCUGUCGAAGCUUCUCGUCCAUUACUUGGCUAACUUCGUGAGGCGCGGGGAUCCGAACGGCGCGAGUCCCUUGUCCUCGGGACUGGAGGGCGGCCUAACGACGAGCCCGCCGUUCUGGGACUCGUACGACUCCAUAAACCAGUUGUACUUGGAGGCCGGCCACAGCCCGGAGAUGCGUUCGCACUACAGGGGCCACAAAAUGUCCCUCUGGCUGAACCUGCUGCCGCAGCUGCACCGGCCGGGCUACGAGAUCAACAUGCGGCACCACCACCUCGCGGACAGCCAGAACCUCUACGAGGGCCCGGUGCGUCCUCAGAGCACGGCCGUGCCGAUACCGGCGCCCCCGCUGCCCCUGCCGUCCCCCACGGAACCCUCCUCGAUAAUAAACGUGCUGUCCACGACGGAGUGCACACCGAACGCGACCGUCGCGACCACGAUCACACCCACCACCUCGCAGACGCUGCAGCACUCGAACCUGGGCCCGGGCCCCAACAACAUCCUGCGUAAGCUCGCGUCCAGCCACUACCAGAGUUACACCACCGCCCUAACGGUCACCAUCGCGGUCGGGGUGUUCCUGCUGCUGCUCAACAUCCUGAUAUUCGCGGGCAUCUACCACCAGCGCGACCGGAACGCGGGCGGCGGUAUCGCCACCUCCUUCGGCAACAAGAAGAAGGAAGAGCUGCUGGAGGCCGGCUGCUCCGGCAUGGACCCCGCCACGGGUAAGCAGCGACUGUCUUCCAUGAACCUGAUCGACUCGCCGUCGAUCCUGCAGCCCCACAAGGCGAAGCUCGUCCAAGAGCUGGAGAUGCAGCUGCAGGAGUUCCAAUGCUCGCCGCCGCCCGGCGGCGGCAAGCGCAUCCUGGAGCCGCCGUCCUACAGCAAGAGCCCGUGCGUCCAGAGGACCCGCACCCCGUCGCCCUGCGUCGACGCGACGAUCGCCAGGAUGGACGAGGUGAACGACGGGAUGAGCGGCCUGCACGACAGCGAGGACGAGAACGAGGACGUGCCGGAGCCACCGCCGCCGCCCAAGGCACCGGCGCCGAACGUCGGUCUCUCGUGUCCUGGGAUCCUGCGACAGCCCGGGACACCCGGCAGCGCGAAGAAGCGCGUGCAGAUUCAAGAGAUCUCCGUGUGAUAGACGGGGGGGGACGAGACCUCCCUCCGCCGGGAUCUUUUGAUGUCGGGUCACGGAGCGAUUCGCUGAGGUGGCGCGAGAGGAGCCGGGAUCGUCGAUCGAGAUCAAGUGUAGCGCGAGGGCCUCUCCUCCUUUGAACUCCGGCCGGCUGUUAUCGGGGACACUCGAGAGACGCGCGCACGGCGCCCGUCGAGGCGGCUUUCGUUGAUGAGAUUAUCGUUUCCCGCUCGAGAAUAAACCGACCGGUCUCUUCCGUUCUUUCUCUCUCACGCUUCCCCGUCUUCCUUUCGUCCGCGUGUUACCGUCACGUUGUCGCGAGCUCGCGCCAAGUUAACAUUCACGGCGUUCGCGCGUUGACAGUUCUCUCCUCCGUGUCCUCCCGAUACGCCGUGCUCGCUCGCACGGGGGAAAAACUCAUCCCCAGCUAUCGACUUACCAAGACGGACGUCGGUGCGUCCAGACCGACGAGUGACCUUCUUUGCCGGGGACAUCAGGCGGCGCGUGUUCAGCAGCGUCGCUCGAAGAAAGUGAAACAUAAUAAUUUCUACUUGCCCCUCUCACGCAGCGUUGCACAGUGUACGCGUACAGCAGCCAUGAACGAACGUAGAAGGAAACGAACGGACGAACGAACAAACGAGCAGUGCCAGUUUAGAGGUGCGCGUCCUCGCCUCUCGCGGAGUGAGGUCUCGGCCGAGGCCUUCGGCGUGUGAUUUACGUCCCGCAGAACCCUGCGAACGCCGGUUCGUAGUGGCCCCUUCGUAGACCCGAGACGUGAUCCUCGUCCGUCCAUUGGGGGACGCGCGAAGCGUGCCACAGGUUCGCGUUCGUUUGAUUAUCGCCGACCGCGAAACACGGGGGAUUGACGUGAUCUCAGGAAUAAAAUGAAACGCGAGGGACGUCUUCUUCGCGGCGGACCUCCACCGACCGCCCGUCGUCCGGGAUGCGUCACGCACGCAACGGACUUCGUCCCGCAAACGCUAAACGGAAUUAAUCGAGGAAUUGGUAGUCUUGGGCUUUGACUUCUAGGUUCAUAAAAAAGAUGACGAGAGUGACUAAAUAAUUGAUAAUAUGUAUGUUGUGUGUGCGUGUGUGUGUGUGUAUGUGUGUGAGAGAGAGAGAGAGAACGCACGAGUGAGCGAUGGACGAGGGAGGGAGAGGGGAGAAAAGAGAUCGUGCUCCGGGAAGGGAGAGACAGGGUGGAGAUCGGAAGAGGGACGUGUUUCGCAAAGAACUCUCUCUGUGUGGGAACGUUGGCUUUGUUUAGCGUAAUCGGGCGUGUGUGCGUAGCCCCCGUGCGAAGAACUGGAACACGUACGAGCCGGGAUAGAGCUAAACGGAUUAACGGCAGAGCGGGGAGUACUUAAGGGGUUGUUGCAGGUGACUCUCACCCUCUCUUCCUCCCUCUUUCUCUGUCCUUCUUUCUCUCUCUCU